CGCGGCACUUGCACGUUCAACGAGAAGGUGUCCAUGCCCAGGCUGCGGGUGCUACUGGUGUGGUCAUCUAUAACAAUGUUGCUGGUGCCAUUUCCCCGUCGGUUACCGAUACAACAGUGACAAUUCCUGUUGUUGGUAUCUCGCUGUCAGAUGGCCAGUACAUCGUCUCCGCGCUCACUGCAGGGGGUGUCUCAGUCAGGGCUCAGAAGGGUGAUAUUGUAACCGUCCCCAGCGAGACCGGUGGCCAAAUGUCCAGCUUCAAUGGGCCGUCAGCGGAGCUCGACAUUGCCCCACGCAUCUCCGCACCAGGUGGCAACAUUUACUCGACGGCGCUAACAUGGAUCAAAGUCAGGAACGUCGAUGGCCACGCCGUACACGUCUGGAACCGUCGCGCUGCUGAAGCAGGCGUUCCCAAAUACAGUGUCGCCGAAAUUCACCGCGUCUGA